AUGGCUAUUGAGUACCAUGAAUCCAAACAGAGACGGGAUGGUCUAUAUUAUCAUACCGAAGAGAAAAUCCUUGCACUUCUCACGUUAAAUCGUUCUUCCAAAGUAAGGAAGCGACAUUGGCGUGACUGCUUUCUUGUCGAUGAAUUUGCAAGAACUCUAUACCCGGAAAGACCGGCGACAACGUGA